AUGCUGGACAAGAUCGUUCUGCUGGGACACGCUACGGUGGGGAAGACCUCACUAAUCCAACAGUUCAUAGAGAGAUCAUACCGCCAGACCUACUCCCCAACGGUCGAGGACUUUUAUACACAGGUUGUCAAGUUUCCAGAUGGCCUGUUUCGAGCUUUGGAGAUCAUCGACACAUCCGGCGGAGAUGACUUUCCUGCUAUGAGAUCUCUGCGAGUCAUGCAGGGAACAAUGUUCAUCGUAGUGUACGCCAUAGACGACAUGCAUUCUUUCGGGGAGGCCUUCAAAUACUGCAACAUGAUCAAGACAUGUAGGAAAACAGUCGACAUUCCUAUUCUACUCGCUGCUAAUAAAUUGGACAACGCCAAAAAAAGAAUCAUCACAUCAGAGAUGGCACUAGAAAUGGCAAGAAAGUUAAAUUGCCCCUAUAUCGAGGUGAGCGCCAGAUGGAACUUGAAUGUCAAGGUGAUGUUCGAAAUGGUCCUGUCGAUGAAGCUCGCUGAAGGAAAGGAAAGCACAGUUCAGCCAAAGAAUGAGGACAAAGUCACACGACGCCUCUUUGAUUGCUUCCCAAGUGAGAAGGAUUCUCCGGAUCCGAUUCGCGGGAAGUUUCCCAUACGGAGAACAAAUUCCUUCCAUGGGUUCUCCCAACCAAACAUUGCAGCGGCAAAGGAGUUUUGCAAGCGAAAACAAAGUUAUGAUAGUCAAGUAAGGAGAAAAGAGGUACCUCCGACACAACGUAAUGAGAAGUAUCUCCGUGGCAGUGGGAUGAACACAGCCGUGACAGCCAAGUAA